CUACAUUCAUUUUCCAAUGACAUUUUUCACAAUUAUUUUUAUGUUAAACGAAAACGGUGCACUCGUCGCUUCCGUUGUCGCGGAAGGGUCCUAGAAAUACGGCCAUGAAACGGUUAGCCUCCGGGUUUGCAGCGGGCACCACUUGGAAAAUGCUACUCCCCUAUACAAAACUCAGCUCCGCCCCCCCGUCCACGCUAAACUCACUCAUGAAACAACGAGACGAGAGGCGAGGAUUCAGACAUCCGACUUCACGGUCGUGCUUUACCGCUGGAGCAUCACCACCGUUCAUGCAACACGCCUGCAGAGCUCUCUUUAUCAAAAUAGCGCAAACAGUUGCGAUUAGUGGGGCUUGAGAGGAACACAUUAGUGUCUCGAGCGAACAAUGAACGCGGGCUGAUUUCUCAGGGAUUGAAAAACUCUUGGAGAAUAAAUGGAGUCAAGGAUAUAGGGAACUGAAAGAGGCCUCCUGCUGGCCCCUUUCACUAGGGUCUGGAGCGCAGCGCCGAGUGGCCGAGUGGACUGCUGGGAAAUGAAGUCCAGUCUGAAACAAUGGUGGCGAAUAGCCCUCGGCCUAAUGCUGGCCUGGGUGCUGUUGUUUCUGGGUCUCCUCUCUUACUUUAUGGAGUCCCGUGUGGACGAGCUGCGAUCGCCGGCCGCUCUGUCCUACACGGACACCCGCCGCCUGACCUCGCUGCAGGGCAACCCCCGCACCGUUAUGUCCAUGCAUCUGGGUCUCUCCUCUACCCCAUCUGGCUCCAAUAACACUCGGCAGGGGCAAAGUCGAGAGGAAGACCCCAGCAUCGAUCCCCAACCUAGUCCACUUAGCCAGGAGGCCUAUCCCUAUCCAGACCCUCAGAGCCUGGCGGCCUGGUCUGCAUUUGGCACCCAGGACGUGGGCUCGAGAUCGGCCGCACUGAGUCGCAAUCGCGAGAGGCUGGAGAACAGCCAGUAUUCACAUCAGCAGGAUGAAGAUGAGGAGGAGGAGGUGUUGGUGGGAGGAGAAGAAGACAAGGAAAUGAGGAGGAGGAUAAUGAAGAAGGCAUCUACACGCGGCAGGUCGGACCCAGAUUAUAACGAUAUUCCAAAACCUGUAUCUCACAGCCUUUGGAGAGGAAGUUUGUCGGUGGACAUGCUCAGUCCACGUCUCAAGAGGGCUAUGAAAGACUACCUUAAUAAUAAUAAACACGGCGUGGCCUACACAGGAUACCGAAAGGCGCAACAGAGCAGCAAACAAGUGUUGUGUGAGCUGAAGAGGAGGGUGAAGGUUAGAACUUUAGAUGGAGUUGAGAUGCCUUUCUCCACCCUAGACUGGGACAAGAUCGUUCCUGCCUUACCCUUGAAUAAACUCUUUGGGGGUGGCUUCAAAACCUGUGCCGUGGUUUCCUCUGCUGGAGCCAUGCUCUACUCGAGGCUUGGCAAAGAGAUUGACUCCCAUGAUGCAGUUCUGCGGUUCAAUUCAGCUCCCACCAACGGUUUUGAGAGAGAUGUUGGGAAUAAAACCACCAUACGCAUCAUCAACUCUCAGAUUCUGGCUGAUCCCAAGCAUCAGUUCAACACAAGUUCAUUGUAUAAGAAUAUAACACUAGUUGCCUGGGACCCUGCGCCAUACACCCUCAACUUGGAAAAAUGGUACAUCAAUCCAGAUUACAACCUGUUCGCACCAUAUGUGGAGCACAGGACUCACUUUCCAGCUCAGCCUUUCUAUAUCCUCCACCCUAAAUACAUCUGGCAGUUAUGGGAUGUGAUCCAGGGGAACAAUGUGGAGAACAUUCAGCCCAACCCACCCUCCUCAGGGUUCAUAGGUAUCCUAAUGAUGAUAUCUUUAUGUGAAGAGGUCAACGUGUAUGAAUACAUUCCUUCACUACGACAGACCGACCUGUGCCACUAUCACGAGCGAUACUACGACGCGGCCUGCACUCUGGGCGCAUACCACCCCCUGCUAUAUGAGAAGAUACUCAUCCAGCGCAUGAACGAAGGCACUGAGAACGAUCUCAAAAAGAAAGGCAAAGUCACACUCCCCGGUUUCAAGAAGAUCAGCUGUGAGCCCUGAGCGCAGAGACACAAAAACUGGGUAAAGCAUAGGACAUCUGCAGACCAACGCAGGACUGCGCAGGGACUUGCCAGCGGUCCGGACCGUGCUUGUAUAGACUAGAGAUGGUGUUCUGCGGACCAAAACCACCUGAUGUUGGGCACUUACAAUUGCAUUUCCUGAGCCUAUGCUUGAAUAAAGAUUGUUAAAAUAGCAAUAGAGGUGUAAUGAGAAGCUUUUAUAGAUCUUUGAUCUUUUUGGUUUAAAAAGCCAUCAGAAAACAGUUUGGUUUUUUUUUUUAUUUAGAAUUUAAGGUAACAGCAGUCGUGCACACUGAAAUCAACAUGAGAACAAUAUAACAUAAGCACCUACUCACUUUUGUUAAAUUCCUUUUUGGAGAUUUAAAGCUGUUUGCCAUACGUUUGUGUUUUUUUGGAAACUUGAUCUCUUUUACUGCUGUAAUAGACAUUGUCCCACAUUGACAAGCCUUUAAAACAAAUUGUUGGCGCUUCCAGAACUUAUCGCUUAACUGUGGUAGAGGAACAUGAGUAGUAGAGUAAUGGUUUUCUUUCCACUCUGCUUAAACGUUCCUCCAUUUUUAAUAACAAAAGCAGAUUUUGCUCACGUUGUAUAGUCCUCUUAUUGAACAAGAUGUUAAAAUCGGAGGGAAAAAAAGAUGAGAGUGUUUUUUCUCAAUUGUAAUUCUUGUCAUUUUAUACUUUGUAGAACCUGGUGGGUUACAGUAGAAUAAUGCAGAAUAAGGAUUGGUUGAUUUUAGUUUAUAGGGGACUUUAAAACUGCUGCUUGGCAAUAUAAGUACAGUUGUGGUAUUUGUUUAAUGUAAACCGAGGUAGCCGGGUCUUUUUUAAUGUCCUGUAACCACUAAAUUGGUUUCUCAGCUCCCGUGGGAGUUUUCUUCAAAGCGAAUGACUGGCAACGCAUCCCUGCGUUGUCUUCUAUGUACAGCUGUUUAUUUCAAUCGUUUCACUGUUUUUUCACGGAUGUUGAAAUUGACAUUUGCUUGUGUACACUGUUUCAAUGUGUGUCAUUGAAAAGCGUUCACGAGCUGAUUGUCAUUCCCUGUAGAUAUAGUGAGUCAAGCUCUAGUUUGACUGCUCAUGUAUAUUGUAGAAGUAAAACAGUAUUUCUUUCUUUCACUCAGGAGCUUAUGAUACUCUCGACCAGGGUGAAAUAUUUCGAUGUCCCUGUAGACUUAUGAUAAGCCGAGUUGUGUAAAGCUAAUAUUUGAACUUCACUCUAGCAAGUUUCCCCAUGUUGGGGGAUUUAAGACAUGUAGGCCUUUUUUUUUUUACUGUGUGAUGCUUAACAUGUUAGAUUGAAUUUAAUGUAACAGGCUUGAAGCAAAUAUUAUUACAUAAUACUGAACCUACUGUGUGUUUACUGAAGAUGACUCGCUGGUGCUCAGUCUGGCCUGUCUGUGCGCUUCAGACGUUAUGAUUCCAAUCAGUGUCUGUGGUGUUCAGAUAAUUGUCUUUGGCCUUGUUGCCACUUUAUUGACUGGCUUUUUAUUGAGGGUACUAGAGAGCAGAAGGAAAUUUAUUGGAAAAAGAGAGAGCAAUGAGAAUUGGAGAAAAAACGACACGAACCAGACUCGAACCCGUGUCCCCUGCGUUAUCACUGGUGCUCAGUGUACGGAGGGCAGGGCUAUGUUUUUCAACCUGUGUCGGACAAACUUUUGUGUGUUUACUGACCUAUUGACAGACUUAAACUCUGCUUUCUCUUUUUUGAUUGUAAGUAUAUCCGAGUCCUUCUGUGAAUGUCUUUUCAUGAGCCUUUAUCGAAAGGUAUCUUAGUAUCAACCUGUCAGAUGUCUAACAGACAGAAGAUAAUUUUACAGAAUUAUUUCAAGUGUUUAUUGUAAAAUUUAACUUUUGUUUAAUUUCAAAUGUCAUGGCGGGAUAUUCUUGGCUAUGGGGAUCUUGAGGGCAGCAAGAAAUGUACAUCGAGCAUGUGAUGAAAAGCAGAGCUUGUUAGUAUUUAUGGUAAAUAUAUUACCAUCCAAGUCAUGGAGGAUUGAAUCGUUGUUUGUAACGGGAAAUUGAUUUUGGUCUCUUUAAACGGUUCAUGCUUAUGGGAAUUAAAAGGAAUUACAGGUAAUUUUACUGGUGAACUUCAAUAUAGUGUCCUAAAUGCACAGUAGAUUCCUGAGAACUGUGCCAAAUGUGUAUCUGUGGUGCUGUGCAUCUGUGCCAACGUUCUUUCUCUGUACUGUACAUUUCAGCACAUUUUCUUUCAUAUAUCUGCAUUGCUUUUUCUUUCCCUACAUUUCCUUUUUCUAAUAAUCUUUCUGUAGCUCUGAUUCACAUGGCCUUUCAAUGUUUUUUUUUCUUUAUCAUAUCUGUGAGAAUUUAUGUGCGAGUUGCUCUUUAGACUGUAAAUAUCUAAGAUUUUCAAUAACAAACCAUGUCAAAUUUAAAUGCCAUUGGAUGUUUUAUAAUGUUUAUUUCUCCAUAUGUUAAUAUGCAUUUAUCACUGAAUUCAUUUUAAAACUGCUAAAUGUGUUUAAGUGUAUUCUUUUGACCACUGUUUCUAAAAUAAAGCCUUGACCGUUGACUUGUAA